CAAAAAUAGACUGAAUUCUCAGUGCUGAAUUAACGAAUUUUUUGUGCUGUGUGUGGAUAUUUUGAAUGUUAAAAACUACAAAAAGGUAAAAUAAGCCCCCAAAAUGGCUGAAGCCGAAGGGGGAUCCGAACAAGAUGAUGUUUCAUUCUUACGGACGGAAGACAUGGUAUGUCUUUCCUGCACUGCAACAGGAGAACGUGUUUGUUUAGCAGCAGAGGGCUUCGGCAACAGACACUGCUUCUUGGAAAAUAUAGCCGACAAGAAUAUACCCCCUGAUCUCUCGCAAUGUGUAUUUGUCAUUGAACAAGCAUUGUCUGUCCGUGCCUUGCAGGAAUUGGUAACAGCAGCUGGCAGCGAAACUGGCCAGGAGAAUUUAGGCAAGGGUACGGGUUCUGGACAUAGGACAUUGUUGUACGGCAAUGCCAUCCUUCUUAGACAUCAGAAUAGUGACAUGUACUUGGCUUGUCUUUCAACAAGCUCAAGUAACGACAAACUUGCCUUCGAUGUGGGUUUACAAGAUCACAGUCACGGUGAAGCUUGCUGGUGGACAGUGCAUCCUGCCAGCAAACAGAGGUCCGAGGGUGAGAAAGUCAGAGUCGGUGACGAUUUGAUUUUGGUGUCCGUCGCUACCGAAAGAUAUCUGCACACCACAAAAGAGAAUGAAAUAUCAAUCGUCAACGCCAGUUUUCACGUCACUCACUGGUCCGUGCAACCUUACGGCACCGGUAUAUCCAGGAUGAAGUACGUCGGUUACGUUUUUGGCGGAGACGUACUACGUUUCUUCCACGGCGGUGAUGAAUGUUUAACGAUUCCCUCGACGUGGGACGUGGAAGCCACGCAUAACAUCGUGGUGUACGAAGGCGGCAGCGUUAUGUCGCAAGCUAGGUCUCUGUGGAGGUUGGAGUUGGCUCGUACUAAAUGGGCCGGGGGGUUCAUCAACUGGCAUCACCCCAUGAGAAUUAGGCACCUUACGACCGGUCGGUACUUGGCCGUCAACGAGAAUAAUGAGCUGUACCUUGUUAGCAGGGAGGAAGCCAACACUGCUACGACAGCGUUCUGCUUGCGUCAAGAGAAAGACGACCAGAAGGUCACGCUAGAAGACAAAGACUUGGAAAUUAUAGGUGCUCCGAUUAUCAAAUAUGGCGAUUCGACUGUUAUUGUUCAACACUCAGAGUCUGGUCUCUGGUUAUCGUAUAAAGCAUAUGAAACUAAGAAGAAGGGCGUUGGCAAAGUCGAAGAGAAACAGGCCGUUCUCCAUGAAGAAGGCAAAAUGGAUGACGGAUUAGACUUCAGUAGGAGUCAAGAAGAGGAAUCGAGGACUGCUAGGGUUAUUCGUAAAUGUAGCUCGCUUUUCACGCCAUUUAUUAACGGCCUGGAACAAUUGCAAACGAAUAGAAGACACUCGAUGUUCUUCCACAUGGUCAAUCUCAAUGAAAUGGUAAUGUGCCUGGAAGAUUUAAUAAAUUAUUUCGCCCAACCCGAUGACGAUAUGGAGCACGAAGAGAAACAGAACAGACUGAGGGCUUUGAGAAACAGGCAAGAUCUGUUCCAAGAGGAGGGCAUCCUCAACUUAAUUUUAGAGGCCAUCGAUAAAAUAAAUGUUAUAACUUCCCAAGGAUUUUUGGCGGGUCUAGCUGGCGAUCAAAGCUGGGAGAUGAUCGGGGGAUACCUUUACCAGUUAUUAGCUGCCAUAAUCAAAGGGAACCAUACGAAUUGCGCCCAGUUCGCCAAUUCGAAUCGGUUGAAUUGGCUGUUUUCUAGACUAGGGUCUCAAGCUUCCAGCGAGGGUACGGGAAUGUUAGACGUACUGCACUGUGUGCUUAUAGACUCUCCCGAAGCGUUGAACAUGAUGAGGGACGAGCAUAUCAAAGUAAUCAUUUCUCUGCUCGAGAAACACGGGAGGGACCCUAAAGUCCUCGACGUGUUGUGCUCGCUCUGCGUUGGUAACGGAGUGGCCGUGCGAAGCUCCCAAAACAACAUCUGCGAUUUUCUCCUACCGGGCAAGAACUUGUUGUUCCAAACGCAGCUCGUCGACCACGUCGCGAGCGUCCGCCCGAACAUAUUCGUAGGUAGAGUAGAAGGCAGCGCAAUUUAUCAGAAGUGGUAUUUUGAGGUUACCGUAGAUCACUUAGAACAAACGACUCACAUGAUGCCACAUCUAAGAAUUGGAUGGGCGAAUUCUAAAGGGUACGUGCCUCAUCCCGGCGGGGGCGAAAAGUGGGGGGGGAACGGAGUUGGCGACGACUUGUAUUCUUAUGGGUUCGAUGGUGCAUAUCUUUGGACCGGUGGUAGAAACACAAGAGUUGUAAGAGACAAUUCAGAGCCUUUCAUACGAAAAGCUGACGUAAUAGGUUGCGCCUUAGAUUUAACGAUACCCAUAAUAACGUUUACCUUUAACGGAGUGCCAAUUCGAGGGAGCUUCCGAAAUUUUAACCUGGAUGGUAUGUUCUUCCCCGUGAUCAGCUGUUCUUCCAAAUUAAGUUGUCGUUUCUUGUUGGGUGGCGACCACGGCAAAUUAAAGUACUUGCCUCCGGAAGAUUUUUCUCCCCUCGUGGAAAGUCUUUUACCGCAACAGAUACUGAUGUUGGAACCGUGUUUCUACUUCGGGAAUAUGGGGAAGAACGUGAUUGCCGGCCCGUUAUUCGUGGAGGACGACACGGCGUUCGUUCCGAAUCCCGUCGAUACGUCCAUGGUAGGCUUGGCGACCUACGUCGAGUCUAUCAGAGACAAACUAGCCGAGAACAUUCACGAAAUGUGGGCCAUGAACAAAAUCGAGGCGGGCUGGCAAUGGGGCGACUACAGGGACGACUUGAGGCACAUUCAUCCCUGCCUCGUGCCGUUUGAUAAGUUACCGGCGGCCGAGAAGAAGUACGACUCUCAACUGGCGGUGCAGACCUUAAAGACAAUUCUAGCUUUAGGGUAUUACAUAACGAUGGACAGGCCUCCGUCUCGGAUCAAAACCAUCCGUUUGCCGAACGAGCCUUUCAUGCAGGCAAACGGCUACAAACCCGCUCCUCUAGAUUUAAGCGCAAUUACGCUGACUGCGAAAUUAGAAGAAUUAGUGGAUCAACUAGCGGAAAACACCCAUAACCUUUGGGCUAAAGAAAGAAUUCAACAGGGUUGGACGUACGGAUUAAAUGAAGACCCCGACAUGUUCAGGAGCCCCCAUCUAGUUCCUUACGGCAAAGUAGACGAUGCGAUUAAAAAGGCCAACAGGGAUACGGCCUCGGAAACCGUGAGAACGCUUCUCGUUUACGGGUACAACCUUGAUCCUCCCACUGGGGAGCAGCAAGAGGCCUUACUAGCCGAAGCCAGUAGACUGAGGCAUUCUUUGUUCAGAACCUACCGAGCAGAGAAAAACUACGCCGUAAGCUCCGGGAAGUGGUACUUCGAGUUUGAGAUCUUGACGACCGGGCCGAUGAGGGUUGGGUGGGCCAAGGCUGAUUGUGCGCCUGGGCGUAUGCUGGGGUCCGACGAAAAUACAUGGGCUUUUGACGGAUAUAACGAAGAGAAAGUAUACAGUAAUUCUGCGGAAUCGUUUGGAAAGCAAUGGCAAGUUGGUGACGUGGUCGGUGUGUUCCUCGAUCUUAUUGAUCACACAAUAAGUUUUUCUCUAAACGGCGAACUUUUAAUGGACGCUCUGGGGGGAGAAACCACUUUUGCUGACGUGCAAGGCGAUAACUUUGUACCGGCUUUUACCCUAGGAGUAGGUCAAAAGGCGAAGCUCUGUUUCGGACAGGACGUUACUCAACUCAAAUACUUUACGAUGUGUGGGUUGCAGGAGGGCUACGAGCCGUUUUGCGUCAAUAUGAACCGAGCGGUGACUUACUGGUACACGAAGGAUCAACCGAUAUUCGAAAAUACGGACGAUUUGCAGGAUGGGAAAAUCGACGUUACCAGGAUAUUGGCGGGUUCCGACAGCCCGCCUUGCCUUAAGAUCAGCCACAAUACCUUCGAAACUAUGGAAAAAGCCAACUGGGAAUUCUUGAGACUGAGCUUACCGGUUAUUUGCCACUCGUCGUUUAUAACCGAGGAGGAAAAAAUGAGAAGGUGGAAUGAGAUCAAGAUCAGGCAGCACCGACUUAAAGUGGAGGCGGAUCAGCAAGGCCCGCCGGCGCACAUAGAAAAUAUAAUGAAGAGCGGCUUUUCCAUGAGCGACAUUAAGGGUCUACAUCGGAAUUACUCCGAGGAUGCCGUCGAGUCGGACGAGGUUAUGAAGCAACAACAGCAGCAAAUGCCGAAAUCCAUAAGGAACUUACCCUCCCGUCCUCCAAGGAAAGGUUCUUUGUCGAGAGCGGUCAACGGGUAUGAAGAAAAUGGAUUAACUGUGAACUUUGGCAGAGGGGUUCAUCGGUCGAGCAGCGAACUGGACAUUAAUAGAUAUCACGACAUCGCACCCACACAUCAAGAGAAAGCCGAUGACAAAAAGAAGAGAGGAAGGUCUCCGUUUAGAUUUUUCUCGAAGAAAAAUCGCGAUACGUCGAGCGGCGACAGACUGAAAGGUAAGAAAGCGAAAACUCCUGAAGUCACCAGUCGAAUAGCCGGAAUUAGUCCCCAAGCUAGAUCUGUGGGAUUAUCGAAUACGAUGUUACAGCGUACUCCUACCGUGAAACAGUCUCAGAACGAUAUCCCCCAAACGGGACCGGAGCGUCAACAGAAACAACUGACUAUCGCCACACCUUCCGACGUGGAGGCCAUAGGAAAUGAAAUAUACGACGCCGAGUGCCUUAAAUUGAUCAACGAGUAUUUUUACGGCGUUAGAGUGUUUCCGGGUCAAGACCCCACCCAUAUUUAUGUGGGCUGGGUAACGACGCAGUACCACCUGCACAGCAAGGAUUUCAACCAAAACCAAGUCCUCAAAUCGUCGGUGAUGAUCGCCGACGAAUACGACCGCAUCGUGGACUGCGUCGAUCGUCAAUCUUGUUAUAUGGUCAGAGCCGACGAACUAUACAAUCAAGUGUCUCAGGACGCUUCUGGUAAGGGAGCGUCCCAGGGUAUGUUCAUCGGGUGCUUCUUGGACGCGGCCACUGGCAUUAUAACGUACACGUGCGACGGCAAGCCCACGUCUCACAGAUUUAAGAUGGAGCCGGAAACGAAGCUGUUUCCCGCUAUAUUCGUCGAGGCGACCAGCAAGGAAAUACUUCAGAUAGAGCUGGGCAGGACUUCUACGAGUCUUCCGUUGUCGGCAGCCGUUUUACAGAACAGCGCCCGGCACGUGAUUCCCCAGUUCCCGCCAAGGCUUAAGGUGCAAUGUCUUAAGCCGCAUCAGUGGGCGAGGGUGCCCAACCAAAGCUUGCAAGUGCACGCCCUGAAGCUGUCCGACAUCCGCGGUUGGUCGAUGCUCUGCGAAGACCCCAUUUCCAUGCUCGCGCUCCACAUCCCCGAGGAGGAUCGUUGCAUAGACAUACUGGAGCUCAUAGAGAUGGACAAAUUGUUGAGUUUCCACGCUCACACUCUUACGUUAUACGCUGCGCUGUGCUACCAGAGUAAUUACAAGGCGGCGCACGUCCUGUGCAAGCACGUCGAUCAGAAACAGUUGCUCUACGCUAUAAAAUCGGAGUAUAUGAGCGGACCGUUGCGGCAAGGUUUCUACGAUUUGCUUAUCGCGGUCCAUUUGGAAUCCACGGCGACAACCAUGGAGGUCUGUAAAAACGAGUACAUCAUUCCGAUAAGUCAGGAAUUGAAAGAUUUGUACGACGAUCUGGAGAUGGGACACAGCUUGAGGAGGCUUAAAAUGGAGUCGGUGCAGCCGCAAAUGAAAACGUCGGAAAUAACGGAAAACAUAGAGAAUAUAAAAAAUUUGUAUUCUCCACAUUUUCCGCUAGAUGUGGUGCGCGAUUAUGUCAUGAUGGCCUUGGCCGAAUCCGUUGAGAUUAACCAGGUUCACAACCGAGACCCCGUCGGAGGAUCCAAUGAAAAUUUGUUUUUGCCUCUCCUGAAACUUGUGGAUCGGUUACUGCUCGUGGGAAUGUUAAGCGACGAAGACGUAGACAAACUACUGAUAAUGGUGUGUCCGGAAACCUGGGACCCGUCCUUCGAGAAGGACGGCAAGGACGAGCACCGCAAAGGCCUGCUUUCUAUGAAGAUGGCCGAGGGAGCCAAACUGCAGAUGUGCUACUUGCUCCAGCACCUGUGCGACGUUCAGCUACGCCACAGGGUGGAAUCUAUAAUAGCCUUCAGUCACGAUUUCGUCGCAGAUCUACAGACCGAUCAGUUGAGGCGUUACAUUGAGAUCAAACAGUCCGAUCUGCCGUCGGCGGUGGCGGCGAAGAAAACCAAAGAGUUUAGGUGCCCGCCCAGAGAACAGAUGAAUGCCAUUUUGUGUAAGUUCAAACGAAUAGCAGGCUUCAAAAAUUUAGAGGAGGAGGAGAAAGAAAACUGCCCGUUGGGCGAAGACCUAUGCGACCGGAUGAACAUCUUCCAUGGCAGAUUGAUGACCCACGUUUCCUUGCAGGCCUUGCUGGCCCCCCAAGAAGAAGAAAAUCCCGAUGACCUGAUGAAACCGGGUCCGAUUAAAAAACUAUUCAAUUUCAUAAAUGCCGUAAAGGAACUCGAAGAAGAGCCCAAAGAGGAACCCGAACCCGAAAAGAAAUCGCCGGAGGAAAACUUCCGGAAGGUCCUAAUCGACACUAUAGUCAGAUGGGCCAAGGAAACCCAAAUAGAAACUUCUAAACUCGUUCAAGAAAUGUUUAGUUUACUGGUAAGGCAGUACGAUUCGGUCGGAGAACUGAUAAGGGCCCUGGAGAAGACUUACAUCAUUAACGCUAAGACCAAGAACGACGUAGCGGAAAUGUGGGUCGGUUUAAGCCAGAUCAGAGCUCUCCUUCCAGUACAGAUGUCCCAAGAAGAAGAGGAACUAAUGAGAGAGAGGCUGUGGAAGCUGGUGAACAACCACACUUUCUUCCAGCACCCCGACCUGAUCCGAGUCCUACGCAUCCACGAGAACGUCAUGGCGGUGAUGAUUAACACUUUGGGCAGAAGGUCCCAAGCGCAGUCUGAUGCCAGCACCGUGCAGGCCAACGAGGGGGAUAUCGUUCUGAAAGAAAAGGAUACGUCUCACGAAAUGGUUGUGGCGUGUUGCCGGUUCCUGUGUUACUUCUGCAGGACCGGUAGACAGAACCAGAAAGCGAUGUUCGAGCAUUUCGACUUCCUUUUAGACAACAGCAAUAUCUUGUUGUCGAGGCCGAGUCUUAGAGGUUCGACGCCAUUAGACGUGUCGUACUCGUCGCUUAUGGAGAACACAGAAUUGGCCCUUGCUCUUAGGGAGCACUAUCUGGAGAAAAUCGCGAUAUAUUUGUCUCGCUGCGGGCUCCAGUCGAAUUCUGAGUUGGUGGAGAAAGGUUAUCCGGAUCUGGGGUGGGAUCCUGUGGAAGGCGAGAGAUAUUUGGAUUUCCUAAGGUUCUGCGUGUGGGUAAACGGUGAGAGUGUCGAGGAGAACGCUAACUUGGUCAUCAGGCUCUUGAUUCGUAGGCCGGAAUGUCUGGGUCCGGCACUGAGAGGAGAGGGCGAGGGUCUGCUGCGGGCUAUAGUUGAUGCCAAUAAGAUGUCGGAAAGAAUCGCAGACAGAAGAAAGAUGAUGGACGAAGCCGAAGGCACGGUCGUAAACUGCGCUCAAUUUACCCAUCCUCUGCCGGAAAGCGAGGACGAUGAGGAUUACAUCGAUACCGGAGCGGCUAUUUUAAAUUUCUAUUGCACGCUGGUCGACCUCCUCGGAAGGUGUGCGCCGGAUGCCGCCGUUAUUGCUUUAGGUAAAAACGAGUCGCUUCGCGCAAGGGCCAUUUUAAGAUCAUUGGUGCCACUGGAAGACUUACAAGGCGUUUUAAGUUUACGGUUUACCUUGCAUAACCCGGCCGCAGGCGAGGAGAGACCAAAAUCCGACAUGCCUUCCGGAUUAAUACCUGGACAUAAACAAUCGGUGGUACUUUUCUUGGAACGAGUCUACGGUAUUGAGACGCAAGAAUUAUUCUUCAGGCUUCUAGAAGAGGCUUUCCUGCCGGAUUUGAGGUGUGCUACGAUGCUGGAUAGGAACGACGGAAGCGAAUCGGACAUGGCACUGAGCAUGAACCGCUACAUCGGCAACUCCAUACUCCCCCUAUUAAUUAAACACAGCAAGUUCUACAGCGAAGCGGAAAAUUACGCCUCUCUAUUAGACGCCACUUUGCAUACCGUCUACAGGCUCUCCAAGAACCGCAUGCUCACUAAAGGUCAGAGAGAGGCGGUUUCGGAUUUCUUAGUCGCGUUGACCAGCCAACUUCAGCCGGCUAUGCUCUUGAAGUUAUUGCGAAAGCUCACCGUCGACGUUUCUAAUCUUUCGGAAUACACGACCGUAGCUUUGAGGUUGUUAACGUUGCAUUACGAGAGGUGCGCGAAAUAUUACGGGUCUAGUACGGGCCAAGGGAUCUACGGUUCGUCCAGCGACGAAGAGAAGAGACUGACUAUGAUGCUGUUCUCUAAUAUCUUCGAUUCUUUAAGUAAGAUGGAUUACGAUCCCGAGCUUUUCGGUAAGGCUCUCCCCUGUUUGACGGCUAUCGGUUGCGCCCUACCGCCCGAUUAUUCGUUGUCUAAGAAUUACGACGACGAAUGGUAUUCAAAUAAGUCGUCCAAAACCGGUCCCGACGGUCCUUACAAUCCGCAACCGAUUAAUACUUCCUCCGUGGUACUUAACAAUGACCUGAAUAAUAUCGUGCAACAGUUUUCCGAACACUACCACGAUGCUUGGGCAUCUCGGAAGUUAGAAAACAGUUGGCAGUACGGAGAGUCUUACUCCGGUUGGGACGGCAAUAAGACACAUCCGCGUUUGAAGCCAUACGCGAUGCUAAACGAUUACGAAAAGGAGAGGUACAAGGAACCGGUGCGGGAGUCCCUAAAGGCUCUCCUCGCGAUCGGCUGGUCGGUUGAACACACGGAAGUGGACUUGCCCUCGAACAGCAGGAACUCGGUGUUGCGCCAGUCCGGGGAGGGGACGUCCGCUUUCAAUUACAACCCCCACCCUGUCGACAUGACCAACUUGACUUUGUCCAGAGAAAUGCAGAACAUGGCCGAGCGGCUGGCGGAGAACGCCCAUGACAUCUGGGCCAGGAAAAAGAAGGAGGAGCUUAACACUUGCGGUGGGGGGAUUCACCCGCAGCUCGUGCCGUACGACUUGCUCACCGAUAAGGAAAAGAAGAAAGAUCGUGAAAGAUCGCAGGAGUUCUUGAAGUACUUGCAGUACCAAGGUUAUAAAUUGCACAGGCCAAACCGUGGCGGGCAACAAGAGACGGAGCAGUCCACCGCCGGUCCUUCCGUAGAACUGAGGUUCGCCUACAGCCUGUUAGAAAAGCUGAUCCAGUACCUGGACCGCGCUUCCAUUAACAUGAAACUGCUGAAACCUUCACAAAUUUUCAGCAGGAGGAGCUCGUACAAAACGUCGUCUCGUGACAUUAAGUUUUUCUCGAAAGUCGUCCUGCCUCUGAUGGAGAAAUAUUUCUCCACGCACCGAAACUAUUUCAUAGCCAUCGCUACGGCCACAAACAACGUAGGAGCCGCCAGUCUAAAGGAGAAGGAGAUGGUUGCCUCUCUUUUCUGCAAACUGGCGAGUCUGUUGAGGUCUCGCUUGGCAGCCUUCGGGGCCGACGUGAGGAUAACCGUCCGGUGUCUGCAGGUUCUAGUUAAGGGCGUAGACGCCAAGUCGUUGGUGAAGAAUUGCCCGGAAUUUAUCCGGACGUCUAUGUUGACGUUCUUUAACAACACGGCCGAUGAUUUGGCUCACACGAUUAUCAAUCUGCAAGAGGGAAAGUACAGCCAUCUAAGAGGAACUCAUCUGAAAACUUCCACCUCGUUAUUCUAUGUCAACGCCGUGGUACUUCCAGUCCUUACGUCGUUAUUCGACCACUUGGCAAAUUGCGAAUACGGCAGCGACCUGCUGUUGGACGAAAUUCAGGUGGCGUCGUAUAAAAUACUACAAGCUCUGUACAUUCUGGGAACGGACCCCAAUUUAACGCACGAUCGUAAAUACUUGAAGACCGAGAUGGAGAAAUACAAACCCACUCUAGGAUCGUCUUUGGGAGCCUUUAGUUCAACGUUUCCGGUCGCUUUUCUCGAGCCGCAUUUGAACAAGAACAAUCAGUUUUCGCUCUUGAAUCGCAUAGCGGACCACUCAUUGGAAGCGCAGGAUAUAAUGGCAAGAAUGGAGAACUCCAUGCCAACUCUGGACACCAUCCUCUCGGAGGUGGACCAGUUCGUCGAAAGCGAGAAAACCUACGCGGACGCCCCACACGUCAUCGACGUUAUUAUGCCCAUGCUGUGCUCCUAUUUGCCGUUUUGGUGGUCGCAGGGACCCGAUAACGUCAGUCCCACAGGCGGAACUCUCGUUUCGAUGGUAACUGCGGAACAUAUGAACCAGUUAUUGAAAAACGUGCUCAAACUGAUCAAGAAAAAUAUCGGUAACGAGAACGCGCCUUGGAUGACCCGGAUCGCCGCGUACACCCAACAGAUUAUCAUCAACAGCAGCGAGGAGUUACUCAAGGAUCCGUUCCUCCCUCUAGCGGAGAGGGUUAAGAAAAGAACCGAGGCCAUGUUCCACAAGGAGGAGAGCUUGAGGGGAUUCAUCAAGAGUUCAACGGACGAUACGUCACAAAUCGAAACGCAAAUCCAGGAAGACUGGCACCUCUUGGUCAGGGACAUCUACUCGUUUUAUCCGCUGUUAAUAAAAUACGUCGACCUGCAAAGGAAUCACUGGUUAAGGCACAACGUUGCCGAAGCCGAAGACUUAUACAAUCACGUAGCGGAAAUUUUCAACAUCUGGUCCAAGUCGCAGUACUUCCUAAGGGAGGAGCAGAACUUCAUUUCCGCGAACGAAAUUGAUAACAUGGUGCUGAUUAUGCCCACGGCUACCAGGAGGACGGUGGUGCCCGACGGGACGCAACCUACCGUUGGAAAGAAAAAGAAAAAGCACCGUGACAAGAAACGGGACAAAGACAAGGAGAUACAAGCGUCUCUCAUGGUCGCCUGUCUGAAACGUCUCUUGCCGGUGGGAUUGAAUCUGUUCGCGGGUCGCGAGCAGGAACUCGUUCAGCACUGCAAAGAUCGCUUCCUGAAGAAAAUGCCGGAAUACGACAUUAUCGACUUUGCCAAGAACCAGUUGACGCUUCCCGACAAGAUCGAUCCAGCGGACGAAAUGUCUUGGCAACAUUACUUGUACAGUCAACUCGGCAGCAAAAAGACGGUGUCGAUCACUGCCGUUGACAAUAACGGCAAAAAUCAAUUGGAAGAGACCGUCGACAGGAUUGUGGCGAUGAGCAAAGUCUUGUACGGGCUUCACAUGAUCGAUCACCCGCAACAACAGCAGAAAGGUGUUUACCGGAGCAUGGUUUCCACCCAAAGGAAGCGUGCAGUACUUUCUUGCUUCCGACAAGCUUCUUUGCACAGUUUGCCAAGGCAUCGCGCCAUAAACAUAUUCAUCCGUACCUACCGCGACUUCUGGUUGCAAGACGAGAACGUCGGGCAAGAAGUGAUGAUCGAAGAUCUCACCCAGAGCUUUGAGGACUCCGAAUUGAAGAAGAACGAGGGGGAAGAGGAAGAAGGGAAGCCGGAUCCCCUCACGCAACUUGUUACCACCUUCUGCAGGGGUGCCAUGACUGAGAGGUCCGGAGCUUUGCAGGAGGAUCCGUUGUAUAUGGGUUACGCGGAAAUAAUCGCCAAGUCCUGUGGAGAGGAAGAGGAAGAGGGGGAGGAAGAAGGCGAUGGGGGGGAGGGCGAAGAAGGCGGAUCUUCGAUUCAUGAGCAAGAAAUGGAGAAACAGAAGUUGCUCUUCAACCAGGCCCGCCUAGCCACAAGGGGGGUGGCGGAAAUGGUGCUGCUGCACAUUUCCGCUUGUAAAGGCGUCCCGUCCGAGAUGGUUAUGAAAACCCUCGAACUAGGCAUCUCGAUUCUACGUGGCGGUAACUUCGACAUACAGAUGGGCAUGUUGAAUCACCUGAAGGAGAAGAAAGACGUCGGCUUCUUCACCAGCAUCGCCGGUUUGAUGAACAGCUGCAGCGUGCUGGAUCUUGACGCUUUUGAGAGGAAUACUAAGGCCGAAGGCCUUGGAGUAGGAUCUGAGGGUGCCGCCGGAGAAAAGAACAUGCACGACGCAGAGUUCACGUGUGCCCUAUUCCGAUUUAUCCAGUUGACGUGCGAAGGUCACAAUCUAGAAUGGCAAAAUUAUUUACGUACUCAGGCGGGUAACACAACGACAGUCAACGUCGUCAUAUGCACCGUGGAUUACCUGUUGAGGCUCCAAGAGUCCAUAAUGGACUUUUACUGGCACUAUUCCAGCAAAGAACUGAUAGACCCCGCUGGCAAAGCCAACUUUUUCAAGGCGAUCGGUGUGGCGAGUCAAGUCUUCAACACCCUUACAGAGGUCAUUCAAGGCCCUUGCACCCUCAAUCAACAGGCCUUGGCACAUUCCAGGUUGUGGGACGCGGUAGGAGGUUUCCUCUUCCUCUUUUCUCACAUGCAAGACAAACUCUCGAAACACUCCAGCCAGGUGGACCUGCUCAAGGAGCUGCUCAACCUCCAGAAGGACAUGAUCACCAUGAUGCUGUCCAUGCUCGAGGGUAACAUCGUCAACGGCACCAUCGGGAAACAGAUGGUGGACACCCUCGUCGAGAGCGCCGGGAACGUCGAGCUGAUCCUGAAAUACUUCGACAUGUUCUUGAAGCUCAAAGACCUGACCUCCUCGGCUUCCUUCCAGGAAAUCGACCUCAACAGCGACGGUUGGGUGUACCCGAAAGAUUUCAAGGAGAAGAUGGAGCAACAGAAGAGUUAUACGCCGGAAGAAAUAGAAUUCCUGCUGGCUUGUUGCGAGACGAACCACGACGGCAAGCUGGACUACCUCGGUUUCAUCGAUCGCUUCCACGAACCGGCGAAGGAGAUCGGUUUCAACUUAGCCGUGCUCCUGACGAACCUCUCGGAGCACAUGCCGAACGAACCCAGGCUGGCGAGGUUCCUAGAGACCGCCGGAUCGGUAUUAAAUUAUUUCGAGCCGUUCCUGGGACGUAUCGAGAUCAUGGGCGGCAGCAAACGCAUAGAGAGGGUGUACUUUGAGAUCAAGGAGUCGAACAUAGAGCAGUGGGAGAAGCCUCAGAUUAAGGAAUCUAAACGGGCCUUCUUCUAUUCCAUCGUGACGGAGGGUGGCGACAAGGAGAAACUGGAGGCCUUCAUUAAUUUCUGCGAGGACGCCAUCUUUGAAAUGCAACACGCGAGCGGUCUGAUGGCCGUCGAGGAGUCCGGAGGCGGUGGACCUACGCGGGCGACUAGUUACAGUUAUAUAACGGACGAGGAUGAAGAUAGGGCUGCCAAAGAUCCGAUCCGGAGAACUUACAACGCACUGAAAGACGGCAUAUAUUACGGACUGUCCUCUCUAAGUCCGUCCAAUAUUAAGCACAAGAUCGCGGAGAUGCAACAGAUGACCAUCCCCGAGUUGUUCAUCGGUUUCUUCAAGAUGAUAUUUUACGCCUUCUAUUAUUCGGGAUUCGGCGUGGCAGUGGUUAUAAAGUAUAUACUGGGCGUUCUGAUGUCUCUGAUGAGGGGACCCACAGUGGAGGAACCGGUUAUUCAGAUCGCGCACGAGGUGAAAGUUGGACCGAUGAGGGUGUUGCCCUCGCUACCGUCAACGGAGGAGCAGAGUACGCAGAUGCAGGCGUUUGGGUUGGACAUAACGAAGGAGGAUAACGGGCAAUACAAGAUGGCAGCACACGAAUCACCAUCCGGCAGCCAACCUUCGUCGGGCGAUGGCGAGACCACUCCAGAGGAAGCGGGAGAACAUCCGGAAGCAGAAACGCCAGAACAACCGUUAUCAUUGUCCGAUCUCCUUGGUGGCGAACAAGCGAAGAGGGCGCAACAAGAAAAGGUGGAAGCCCAGGCGGCCCAGCAAGCGGCGAUGCAAGCCAUCGAAACGGAAAGCAAACAGGUGCACACCAACGAGCCGUCGGCUAUGUCGCAGAUCAACUUUGCGGCCUACGGCCACCGCGCCGUUUCCUUCCUCGCUCGGAACUUUUACAACUUGAAGUACGUGGCUCUGGUGUUGGCGUUCUGUAUUAAUUUCAUGUUGCUCUUCUAUAAGGUGUCCAACCUGACGGACGACGUUAGCGGCAGCGGUAGCAAAGGUGUGGCGGAUAUCGUGGAAGGUUCGGCCGACGGCGGGAGCGGUUCCGGUUCGGGAAGUUCGGAAGAGGAAGAGGAUCCGUUGGAGCUGGUACACGUGGACGAGGACUUCUACUAUAUGGCGCACGUCAUGAGGUUGGCCGCGUUGCUGCAUUCGAUCGUUUCUCUCGCGAUGCUCAUAGCCUACUACCACCUGAAAGUGCCCCUGGCUAUAUUCAAGAGGGAAAAGGAAAUCGCCAGACGUCUGGAAUUCGAGGGGUUGUACAUCGCGGAGCAGCCCGAGGACGACGACCUGAAAUCGCACUGGGACAAACUGGUUAUAUCUGCGAAGUCGUUCCCGGUGAACUACUGGGAUAAGUUUGUGAAGAAGAAGGUUAGGCAGAAGUAUAGCGAGACCUACGAUUUCGAAUCAAUAAGCAAUCUCUUGGGGAUGGAAAAGACGUCCUUCCAGCAGCAGGAUUCGGACGAAAAGAAGAGCCUCAUAUCUCUGAUCAUCAACAUCGACUGGCGUUACCAAAUCUGGAAAUCGGGCGUUACGAUCACGGACAACUCCUUCCUGUACUCCCUCUGGUAUUUCACCUUCUCCAUCCUCGGGAACUUUAACAAUUUCUUCUUCGCCGCCCAUUUGCUCGACGUGGCCGUUGGUUUCAAGACCCUGCGUACCAUCCUGCAGUCGGUAACUCACAACGGGAAGCAGCUGGUGCUCACCGUGAUGCUACUGACCAUUAUCGUGUACAUCUACACGGUGAUCGCCUUCAAUUUCUUCAGGAAGUUCUACGUGCAAGAAGAGGACGAGGAGGUCGACAAGAAAUGUCACGAUAUGUUAACGUGCUUUGUUUUCCACCUCUACAAGGGUGUGAGAGCUGGCGGAGGUAUAGGCGACGAAAUCGAGCCGCCAGACGGCGACGACUACGAAGUUUACCGCAUCAUGUUUGACAUCACGUUCUUCUUCUUCGUUAUCGUCAUCUUGUUGGCCAUCAUUCAAGGUUUGAUCAUUGACGCUUUCGGCGAGCUUCGUGAUCAACUCGAGAGCGUCAAGGAGGACAUGGAGUCCAACUGCUUUAUUUGCGGCAUAGGGAAGGACUACUUCGACAAGGUUCCCCAUGGGUUCGAUACUCACGUGCAGCAGGAACAUAACCUUGCGAAUUACAUGUUUUUCCUUAUGCACUUGAUAAACAAACCGGACACAGAAUACACGGGUCAAGAAACGUACGUGUGGAAUAUGUACCAGCAGAGGUGCUGGGACUUCUUCCCCGUGGGAGACUGCUUCCGUAAGCAGUACGAGGACGACGGUGGCAAUUAAAUAUAAGCUUUCAGAAGAACGUAAUUAAUCCGGCCUAUUUGAUAUUUUCGUCUAACGCUCAAAUUUUCUAAGGUUUGUCUUAGGUGUUAGUUUUUCGAUGAAUAUUGGGAUAUCCACACAUGGCAAACAUUUUAAAGCAUUAAGGGUUAGUUGAUAUAUAUAUUUGUUUGUUUGCAUGUCACUGUAAAUAAGCUUAAUGUAAAAACUGUUUUAAACGAGAAUAGCAGUACAAACUUGUUGGAUUUGUCAAGUA